AUGGACGUCUCCAACACCUUCCUCCAUGGUCACCUCGAGGAGCAGGUCUUCUGCCAGCAGCCCACCGGGUUUGUUGACCCGGCGCUUCCCAACCACGUGUGGCUGCUUUCGCGGUCCUUGUACGGACUCAAGCAGGCUCUGCGCACUUGGUACCAGCGCAUCGCGGGCUCUGACACGGCCUACUUGCUGCUCUAUGUCGACGACAUCAUCCUGACGGCAUGUACGGCUGGUCUCCUCAGUCAGCUCAUGGCUCGUCUUCGCGUUGAGUUCGCCAUCAAGGACUUGGGUCCUUUGCACUACUUCCUCACUGUCGAGGUGGUGCGCCGUCCGGAUGGCUUCUUCCUUCAUCAGCGGAAAUACGCUCCUGAGCUCCUGGAGCGCGCCGGCGUGCUUAACUUCAAGCCCGCCUCUACGCCUCUUGAUACGAAGGCCAAGCUUUCUGCCACGGAUGGUUCUCCUGCUUCGGAUGCUGCUUUCUAUCGGUCUAUCGUUGGUGCUCUUCAGUACCUCACUCUGACACGACCGGAGAUCCAGUAUGCCGUGCAGCAGGUGUGUCUUUAUAUGCAUGCUCCUCGAGACGUUCACUGGGCUGCUGUCAAGCGAAUUCUCCGCUAUGUCUGUGGCACUAUGGAUCUUGGCGUCACGCUUCAUGCCUCCACCGACACUGCCCUCACCACCUACUCCGAUGCAGACUGGGCGAGCUGCCCUGACACUCGUCGCUCCACCUCGGGCUAUUGUGUCUACCUUGGACCCGCACUUAUCUCGUGGUCGUCCAAGCGGCAGCCUACAGUCUCUCGUUCCAGUGCUGAGGCUGAGUAUUGCGCGGUGGCCAACGCCGUCGCCGAGUGUUCGUGGCUUCGCUAG